UCAUCUUCCUCUUUAAUUUCUCUCAUUUCCGUUUUUGCCAUAUAAACCCUAAAUCACUAAACUUGAAUCCGGGAAAGAUUUGAACUUUACGAGUUUUUCAGGGAAAGGGAUAUAGCCAUGGCACUAACACGAUGUGGCUUAUGGAGAAGUGCCAAGGAGGCGGUUUCUCUCGGACAACGAACAUUUGCUGCUGCGCCUGGCAAAGCCAAGAAGGGUUCUAAAGGGGCAGCCAGCGAUGCGCCGAAAGCAUCAAUACUGAGCAAAGAAGUCAAGUCAACAACAGUAGUUGGUGCAAAUAUUCUCAAGGAUGGAGCUGAUCCAAAGAUCAUGCCCGAUUCAGAGUACCCUGAUUGGCUAUGGCAUCUGCUCGAGAAACGUCCGGCAUUGAGCGAGCUAAGGAGGAAAAACAUUGAAACACUCCCAUACGAAGAUCUUAAACGCUUCGUCAAGAUGGACAACCGAGCACGGGUAAAAGAAAACAAUUCAAUCAAGGCCAAAAACUAGAAGUAAUCUUGAUGAUGCAUGAUCAUUUUUCUUGGUCAAGAACAAUUCAUCUUUUCUUGUCUAAUUAUUUGCUUGAUGGAAUGAUAAAAAUGAAAGUUUUAGUACAAAUACUUG